UUCCUUUUUCAUUCACCAUUUCCAUAUCAAACUUUUUAGAGAGAGAAGUUGAAGAAGAAGAAGCGUCGCUAAUGGCUACUGGAUGGGUAAAAUCAAUGCAAUGCAAAUACGCCGCCAUAGACGACGUCGUUCAUCGCCACCACCACCGUUACCACCGCCAUGAAUCUCAUUCCCACCGUUACCACCGCCAUGAAUCCGAUUCAAAGCAUCACACAACCACCCCUUCCACAAGUUGCAGAAAAAGCGUCGACAAUCUCAAAGGCAUCAUAGAAACCACCAAACAGAUCAAGAAAUCUAAACAACAACCGCCGCCGCCGCCACCACCAGUAUCCAGGAUCCGACAUAACCCACCACCGCCGCUGCCGCCGUCGGCGACGGCGGCGAUUACUCCCGUACUUACAGAACUAGCAGAAGGACAUCAAUCUAGAAAUGUCGUGGAGAUAAUCUUUCAUACGGGUUGGUCGCCUAAAGCUUUCAUGGGUCGAAUGGAAAUGGUGUUUAAAGUUCAAAACGCAAACCGAACCGUUACUAGAUUUGAAGAAUACAGAGACACCGUUAAAUCAAGGGCGGACAUCGCCGGAGGAGGGAGUGAGGAUCUUUCACGAUGUAUAGCCGACGGCAACGAGAUGAUGAGAUUCCAAUGUUUGGGACCCACCAACGGCGGUCCGGUUUGCGAUGCUGGUGGCGCGUGGGGAGUAAAUGCUGUUAAAGGGGCUACUAUUUGCACGUUUUCCGGUAGCGGUGGUGCACACGACGCCGCCGGCGGAGGGAAAGGUCGGAGGGCUAUGUUGGUUUGUAGGGUAAUUGCAGGGAGGGUAUGUAAGAGACUCGGACUUGAUUCCUUAUUGGAAGACCGGGUCGGGUUUGACUCGGUGAGUCGGGAAGAUGACGAGUUGCUUGUGUUUGAUUCACGCGCGGUAUUGCCUUGUUUCCUUAUUAUUUACAAACUGUAAACUUUUCAAAAAAAAUAUUAAAAAAAAGUCCUUAUAUUUUCUAUC